AUGGACGCCGUCGGUUACGGGGGCCGGAUCAUCAUGCACGACAACCCGUGGAGCGGUGCUGGGUUCAAGACUCAGAUUUGCUGCUUGGUGCUGGCACCCAGUUUCCUCGCCGCCGGUGUCUACGUGACUCUCAAGCACAUCGUACGCUAUUGCGGUCCCGAACACUCCAGGCUCAAGCCCAGACUCUAUCCCUGGAUUUUCAUCGGAUGCGACUUUGGGUCAAUCAUCCUGCAGGCCAUCGGUGGAGGUACAGCCGCGGCUGCGGGUGACAAUGUCAGCAACCCCAAGUUGCUCAAGGUUGGGAAUGGCUUGAUCGUGGCAGGUAUCGCUUUUCAGGUUGCGACUAUGGCGGUCUGUGGCCUGCUCAUGCUGGAUUACUUUAUCCGCUUCAAGAAGGCCAAGAAGAGUGGUGUCACUUCCCAGGUGGAAAGUGAAUACGAGAAAGACCAAUCGUCACAUAAGAUCGCACGGAAUUUCAGGAUCUUCUGCGCGGCCAUUGCUCUCGCCUACACGACCAUCCUCAUUCGAUGCAUAUACAGGUAA